AUGAGUCGUCUUCUCGACCGCUUCCGGCCUUCGCGUCCUUCGAACCAGAAAUGGAAUUUUGCCCCGGAUCACCACGGCUUUCCAGACUCGUUUCGCCCCAAGCCGCUCGGCCGCGUCGACACCUUCCACUCGCGCUAUGUGCAGAUGCUGCUCGACCAGGAUAACGUUGCUAAGACGCACAACAUCCUCGCCGCCUUCUUCGUGUGGCUGCUGCUGGCCAGUUUCAUUGUGUUUCCGGGCACGUUUACCACCAUACAAAAGUCCAUCGAGGACAAUGAAAAUGGGAAAUUUCCCAGCAAAGCCGCUGAAUCCAUCUUCAAGAGCGUCAAAAACGUCGGGCUCCUGGCGCUGGCCGCCAUCAUGUGCUCAAUUUCUGUCAUUGGCAUGACUAGCCUUGCCUUCCGCCACAUGAACAACUACGUCUGGAUCUUGAACAAGCUCUUCCUGCCUGGCGUUGCCAAUUGCACGGCUGGCCUCAUUUCUACUUUGAUUGGUGUCUAUACACAGCAAAAAGGUGUCUGGAGCAUUACGGCCAAGGUCACUGCGAUUGUCGAGGGCUGCGGCCUGGCAAUCUGCGGCACUGUUUGGUACGUGGUCGACCACUACUUUCUCUGCAAGGUCAAGGAGACACAUGGUACGCAUUAUGACGAAUGGCCCAAGCAUCGCAGCGACGAGUAUGAGCUGCCACCGAAAUAUCACGGUCAAAUGAUUUAA